CUGGCAGAAUAUUUCUCCUGCAUGCAUCUUCUCUCCCCUGGGGGCGGCCGCCGAAACCUGUUCUUGGUCAGGGACAACCAUAUCUUGGCCGAUCACUGCCGCUUCAGGACUACCAGACGGAGACCAUCCACUCACACAAUAUCACCCGAAAGCGCCAAGACCGAAGCCUUGGAAGAGAUAUUGAGGACUUUGGAACACCUCGGGCAGGCUUUCAAGGCGCCUCGGGCAGCCCCCUGACGUGGCACCACUGAAGGUCACCAGAGGGCCAGGGAGCCGUUGCCCAGUUGGAGUGGAGGUAAUGAGGAACUGAGGGGACGCCAGGCUUGUGGGCAUCAUUUCCGAAUAAAGAAGCCACCUCGUCAUCACUCGGCGCGCUCAGGCGAAGCACGGCCGUUCUUUUGCUCGUUACAAAGUGUGGGAGGGCUUUUUGAUGGAGCAACACAGUCACCACUUCCCGGCAGGCACUUGGAGAUGUAAAGAGGGAUGGAUGGGAUCAUGCGUUCCUAACUAGUGCCUCCCAGAACCAAAGAUCGCCGCUAGACAUCAAGUGGCAGGCACGGAAGCUGCCUUCCUACACGUGAUGAUGGCCUUCUUUGACUCUUCACCCGCCACGGCCCGUUUGCAUUCGUCCGGACAAUGGAGAUCACUUCCAUUGUUAGCCUGUUCACAUAACGCUUCCUGAUGCUUGUACGGACAAAAGGGACGUUGCGAUUAGUGCAAGAAAUUACACAUCUGAUACUGAUUCCUUGUUUCUCACCUCACACUCGCGUCAACACGAUGCUCUUAGUCAUGAUAUCAACUACUUUGUAUGUGUGGUGCGUCUGCAUUUUCUGGGACUUGGGGAGAAAAAAGAAAAACAAAAAAGGAAGAAAAAAGUCGUCUUUGAAAACAGUAAAAGGAACUUCGCAGUCCAAGCGACGGGAUCGUAGCUGUGGUUUGAUAGCAGCAGCGGAUACAUGCCUCGAUCUGCUGAUGUAUCGGAAGUCGUCAGAAUCCUCAACCCUGAUUGGUGGAGCAUUCUCGCUUCUUCCGAUAGGGCAGGGGGACUUCGCCUAA